AUGACAUUAAUUUUGACGGCAAUUGAGUAUUACCUACCAGGUAAUAGUGACGACAUGUCAUUGCUAAAAGUAUUCGCGACGACUUUAGGCAUCAAUUGCGGUGUUUUUUUUAUCGAUAAAGGUAAGGUUUUUUGUUAUGAGCAUUGGAUCAUUGUUGGGGAGAAUCUCGAGGAUCCUAGAACAAUGGAAGAUUAUAACAUUCAAGUAGACUCUAAAUUAACGUUCCACCUGAGUCUGAGUUUUGGAGAUGAUAUGUGGAUUUUUGUGAAGAAUUUGGUAUGGAAGAUCAUUACGCUAGAGGUGGAGAGCAUAGAAUUCAUUGAUAAUGUGAAGGAAAAAAUUCAGGACAUAGAGGGGAUUCCAUGGCAUCAAUUACAUUUGUUUAUUUCCGGGAAAAAAAAAUCAAAAAUGUCAUAA